CAAGUAACACAAUCUCUCCCCCCCACCUCUCUCUCUCCCCCCACCUCCCUCGUAUCUUCUCCUCUUAAAAAAAUCCAAUGUUUCUUUCUUGAUUUCUCUCUCUCGGCGAAAGAGAGAGGCCCCCAUUAUUAUUUUUUUCUCUAUUGGAGAAAAAAGAAAAUAAAAGAGAGAGAGAAAGGGAGUUGAAUUGAUAGAAAGAAAGCAGAGAAACAAUGGCAUUCAAGCACGAUUACUGUAGUCUUUACGAAGAUUUCGGAGGUGAUGAAAUUGAGGUUGCUGAAAUCUUGUUAGAUUUCCCUCGUUUAAUUGCUGUAUCUAAGUAUGGUUCUCUGCUUCCAUUCUCAUGGGGUGGUACAAGGAGGAGAUCUGCGGAGGCCAAUUUGGGUCCAAGAUGCGCCGUUCACUCACCACCAACAUCAGCGUCGCCUUCCCAAACACCGAUAUUAUCCGUUCCUGUGGGCCCUGCUAUUACUACUCCUCCUCCUCCUGCUGUUGCUACUGAACCAGAGGGACCCAUCACCGUCAAAGCUGAACCGGCGACUAGCCCUGCAACACCGCUUUCUUUCUCUCCAAGUGAAUCCGAUGAGAGGCCUAAGCGCUUGAAGAGGAAAGUCUACACUAAAAAGAGAAGAGAGGAUUUGCUGAAGAUUACAAACCAAAUUAUUGAUAGCAAUGAAUUGUUAAGAGGGGAGAUUCAAAAGGUGACUCGAUAUUAUGAGCAUUUGAAAGCUAGAAAUUCUUUGUUGAAAGCAAGGAAACAAGAGCUAAACAUGGGUUUUAUUAAAAGAGAAGAUCAGUUGAAUCUUCCACGCAUGAAUUCAGUCCAAUCAACUGUCAAAUGUCCUCCUGUUGUUGAUGAUCAAAACCAUGUUCCUCGACCUAUGCCUGGCAUCAGAGUUCAUCAUCAUCAUCAUCAGCAGCAGCAGCAGCCGCCGCAGCCGCCGCCCUAUAUGGUGGAUAGGAAUGCCAACAAUCAAGAAAUGGGUUGUAAUUAUCCAAACCCGUAUGGCCAAAGAGUGUCCUUGUUCCAAUCUACCAGUGCCAGUGAUGGCACGGGCCCCCGUGGCAUCCCUGAUCUGAAUCUAACUGUUGGGGAGCCUGUUUGGAUGGACUCUAAACAACUGUUUGUUAAUGACAGGAGUGCAGCGGUUAAAAGGGCCAUCGCUGCUCAAGCAAGACAAAGAAGGAAGCUCAUUUGCAAGGAUAAGAGCUUUAAUUCCUCUAGUAAAUCACGAUUCUCAUUUAGAUGAUCUUGGUUUCUUCCUUGAUCUCAUUUCCCCCUUUAAUCCAUAUAGUAAUUAAUAUGAGAUAUGUUAGUGAUUAGUGCGGUAUCUAGCUGUAAAUUAGAAAAUCUCCCAAGGAGAUGAUUUUUCCCGAAUUAUUUGCUUAGGUUUGUAAGAGUUGAAAGGCUCAAGGGUCCCCAGGCCCGCUCGUCUUUGCUCUCAUUUAUGGUCAAUAUUGCUAAUAGUAAGGUAGUUUUUAUUUUUUA